CCUCUGGAGAGGAAGAAAAGGGAGAGGCCUGCUCUUUCUGAGAUCCAGCGGUCAUAACCACAUCAGGAGCCUGAAUGCUCAGCUCAGGUGUUAUCAACAUGGAGUUCUGAAGUCCAUGUGGCUCUUCACAGUGAAUCAGGUGUUAAGGAAAAUGCAGAGACGCCACAGCAGUAACACGGAUAACAUUCCACCUGAAAGAAACCGCAGCCAGGCGCUCAGCUCCGAGGCAAGUGUGGAUGAAGGUGGCGUCUUUGAGAGCCUGAAGGCAGAAGCGGUCUCCCCACCAGCGCUCUUCUCGGGCUUAACCGGCACCCUUCCCUCCAGCUCGUUCCCAUCCAGCCUGGUGCUGGGGUCCUCGGCAGGUGGCGGGGACGUGUUCAUCCAGAUGCCAGCGUCCAGGGAGGAGGGCGGGGGCCGGGCUGAGGGCAGCACCUACCACCACCGCCAGCCCCACCACCACUUCCACCACGGCGCCCACCGCGGGAGCUCCCUGCUACAGCACAUGGGCGGGGACCACCGUGGCCACGCAGAGGAGGGUGGCGACGAGCAGCCAGGGACACCUGCCCCUGCCCUGUCCGAGCUGAAGGCUGUCAUCUGCUGGCUCCAGAAGGGACUCCCCUUCAUCCUGAUCCUCCUGGCCAAAGUGUGCUUUCAGCAUAAGCUCGGCAUCGCCGUGUGCAUUGGGAUGGCCAGCACCUUUGCCUAUGCCAACUCCACGCUCCGAGAACAGGUCUCUCUGAAGGAGAAGAGGUCCGUGCUGGUCAUCCUAUGGAUCUUGGCCUUCCUGGCAGGAAACACCCUGUAUGUGCUUUAUACAUUCAGCUCCCAACAGCUGUACAACAGCCUCAUAUUCCUGAAGCCCAAUCUGGAGACACUGGACUUUUUUGACCUGCUGUGGAUCGUGGGAAUUGCAGACUUUGUGCUGAAGUACAUCACCAUCGCCCUCAAGUGCCUCAUUGUGGCCUUGCCCAAGAUUAUCCUGGCUGUCAAGUCCAAGGGAAAGUUCUAUCUGGUCAUCGAGGAGCUGAGCCAGCUGUUCCGCUCUCUCGUCCCCAUCCAGCUGUGGUACAAAUACAUUAUGGGUGACGACUCCUCCAACAGCUACUUCCUAGGAGGGGUCCUGAUCGUUCUCUACAGCCUCUGCAAGUCAUUCGACAUCUGUGGACGAGUGGGUGGAGUUAGGAAAGCCCUGAAGCUUCUCUGCACCUCUCAGAACUAUGGAGUCCGAGCCACCGGCCAGCAGUGCACAGAAGCAGGCGAUAUCUGUGCCAUCUGCCAGGCUGAGUUCCGAGAACCUCUGAUUCUCCCGUGCCAGCAUCUUUUCAUAUGUUUCAGAGCCAUCUGUAUUUGGCUGGACCGUGAGCGCACCUGUCCGCUCUGCCGCUCGGUCGCUGUGGACACCCUGCGCUGCUGGAAGGAUGGCGCCACAUCAGCACACUUCCAGGUGUAUUAG